AUCUACUCAACUAGAUUGAGGGUACACAUGUGCCCGUAACUAAAUGACAUAUUACGUGAGCUGGACUCGCUUACUGGUGUACUUUGCCCAGAUUGCUUUGCUACGCCGCAUUGUCUGAAACCCCGAAUAAGGCGAUUGUGCUCAACUCCGAAUUGCUAUCAAUAUCCAAAGGUCCGCUUUAAUUCUGCUGGUCGUAACUCCUCACACAUCACUCCGUACCUUCUUCGGCCCUCCACCCAAGAUGGCUCCAGCAAUUCUGGCUUCUUUUCUUGCGCAAUUAGAGCAGAAGCCCGAGUUCAAGAUCAUACACACCCUCUUCCUGGAUCCCGAUGCGGAUCCGAGCGCAGUGGCCGAGAAGAUCGUCGAGCUCACGAUUCCAUAUUUCAGCAGACCAAACUCAGCUUCAAUGUGGGAAGACGAUGAGCCGCAUUUGUUUCAUACGGCAUGCUCCGUGAUUGAGGUUGCUCAGCGAACACCACCAGAACGUCAAGACAAGCUCUGUGACUUCGUAAUGGCGCUCAAACAACAUUCACUCAAUGAUACAAAGACCGGGAAGCCAUUGAUGGACGGGGGAGCCAAGGUAUGGACAGAUUUACCAGCUUUUGGAUACACAUUUGCCGAUUGUACACAAUUUAUGAGUGGCUACGACAAGAAAACGUCCGAGGAAGCCCAGCAAGACGAGAAUCUGGAAGCAUUUCUUGCCAAGUUGACCGGUGAUCCAAGGGACCGAACAGUGGACUUAUCGGAUCGCGGACAGCUCGCGAUGAGUAGAGCAUUCUAUCUGGAAACUGCGCAGAUCCCACCAGGUCGGGCUGUUCACACUAUACGGCUUGGGUGUUGGUGGUUUAUCCGUGCUGCAGCUGCUCUUUGGGCCAACGUGCAAGACCCUAAGAACGAUAACUGGUCUCUUGAGCUAUGGAAUUUCUACAAAGAGGGGCUUCUCACCAGAAAAGCGGAGAUACGUAACCACGAGGUGAGAAAGAUGAUUGAGCAAGCAAUCGAAGAGAUGGAGAAGGCUGAGCGGGGAAAUAGCCAAUAGUUUAUAGAAUCUUACUGCGUACCACUUGAAAAGCGCGUGGAGACUCGUGCCGAUGAAAGCACAUACGCAUGAAAUCUUGUGAAGUUCGGAACCGAAUAAUG